GUCACAGGGGUGAGGCGAUUCGCGACUCCAACCGAACCAAAUUCACAGCAUCGUCUCCUCCCCCAUCCUCACUAACCCUAUCGCUCGAUUUCCCCGGUGUUCUCCAGAUCUGCAGCCAGGCGGCCCGGCACCCGGAUCGGGGAGCGUAGAUGACGGAGGCCAUGGUGCGGAACAAGCCGGGGAUGGCGAGCGUCAAGGAGAUGCCCGUAGUGCAGGACGGGCCGCCGCCGGGCGGGUUCGCGCCCGUGCGCUACGCGCGCCGUAUCCCCACCUCGGGGCCCAGCGCCACCGCCAUCUUCCUCACCGCCUUCGGCGCCUUCGCAUGGGGCAUGUACCAGGUCGGCCAGGGGAACAAGGUCCGCCGUGCGCUCAAAGAAGAGAAAAUUGCUGCUCGUAGUGCUAUACUACCUAUGCUCCAAGCUGAAGAGGAUGAAAGAUUUGUCAAAGAGUGGAAGAAGUAUCUUGAAGAGGAGGCGAGGAUCAUGAAAGAUGUUCCAGGAUGGAAGGUUGGUGAAAACGUGUACAAUUCUGGGAAAUGGAUGCCUCCGGCUACCGGUGAGCUGCGUCCUGAAGUUUGGUAAAGGGUUUGUUGCAGCACUUUGAGAAUGUCAUCAUGUCAUGAGGACAUGAAUAAGGCUUUUAAACCUGGGUACCAUCAAUUUUCUAUCGGGGACCUACUCUUGAAACACCUUCUCUGUAUUUGUUGUGGUGUUGAAAUUUGGCUGGUUAAUAAUUGGACAUAUCAAACUGACUUCUUUUCUCUCUUCUCAACUGCGAACUAUGCUCGUACGUUGAUGUAACAUGUACAUGUUUGAUAUUGCGUUUC